AUGGCACGUGGCGGGUUAUUAAUAUAUAGAACCAAAAAGCCCACUUGCAGAGAAUAUUUCUGGGUCUUCCAUAAAGCCUCUUUCUGGGCCCAACAAGCCGCUCUUCGUCCCAGUAAACCCUUACCAAGACCCGGUAUAAGUCCGUGUCCACAUUUCACACACUUCCCAAUUGAAUCAUCACCACACAACUCUCAUUACUUACCCCAUAACCUUUGGUAUCACACAGCACACCACCACGACCACAUGUCACCUAUAGAGGAGCCCAAAAAGCCAUUCAAUACUCAAUCUCAGUCGCUGGCGAACUGGCUCAAGCAACAAAAGUCGGAUACUGCACCCUCACUACCCCAGCCCUCCAAGAACGUCGCUAACAAAACAACUGCCACUGCCGCAUCCACAGAUGGCUCUCUCAAGAUUUCCUCUUCCGGCCACUUCAAGCUGGCUCCUCUCAAGCGGGACAACUCGGCGUCGCCCAAGCCCACCCAGUCGCCGCUAUUUGGCUCACCCGCACAGGGGGUCUGGCGCAGAAUAGCAUCUCCGAGAAAGGAGGAGCCGGUGCUGGCAGUGGCUACCCCAGAGCCCGAGCAGCAGAAACAAGACGAGCGCAAGGGAUCCAUGAGCGACCUACCCGAGGAGGAGCUCGUCAAGCUGGGCAUCCAUCUGGCCCAGCGACACAGACAGCCCUCAGCUGAUGGAUUCAACUGGGCAGAAGAUGACGACAUUGAAGACUGGGCAGACGAUAUGCCCGAGGCAGCCACAGAGGUGGAAGAGCCUGCGGAGGAUCUGCCCAAGGUGGCGACCGGAUCGCGACCCACACAAGCAUGGAAACCCAUCUCCACGACAAACUACGUUCCCAUUGAUCAGCAGCUCAAGGAGUACGAGGAGAAGAGAGCAGCCCAGGCUCAGCAGACACAGACAAGCUCGAGCCGGCAAUCACUCUUUGACGACAAGUGGAGAGGCGGCGAUAGAUACGGAGGAAGCGACCGGUAUGGGAACGAUCGAUAUGGGAAUGACCGAUAUGGGAAUGACCGAUAUGGGAACGACCGAUAUGGGAACGACCGAUAUGGGAACGACCGAUACGGAGGAGAUCGUUACGGAGGAGAUCGCUACGGUAGUGACAGGUAUAGUGGUGGCGAUCGUUACGGUGGGGGAGAUAGAUAUGGAGGUGGAGACCGUUACGAUCGACGAGGGAGAUUGUCACCUGAAAGAUCUCCGUUUGGAGCCAUGCGAUACGACUCGUAUGAUCGAUUUUCCAACGACUACAACCCUCGCAGAGAGCUCUACAACGACCAGAGUGGAAAGGUCGAGGCCAUGGAGAGUGGGGACGCCAGAAACUACAAGCCGUCGGGUGCCCGCCGAAGUCCCCAGAUCACUCGUGCCGAAAUGGCUUCGCCUAGAAGCACACAUGUGACUCCUGCAAGUCCUCGAGGCUCUCCUGCUGUCGCUGACACUUCCCCUGCUGCUCCUACCGCUCCUGCUACAGCAUUAGCGUCUCCAGCUUCUGCUUCAGCGUCUCCAGUUGCUGCUCCUUCCCAGCCUGCCAUGGAUGCUGCUGCCGCUCUUCUGGCUCAGCAGGAAGAGACCAUGCGUCAAGCUCGCGAGAAGGCUAAGCUGCGAAAGGAAGAGGAACAGCGCGUUGAGGAAGAGCGACGCAAGGCGGCUCGAAAGCGAGCAGAGGAGCUUGCCAAGAAGGCCGAGGCUAGAGCCAAAGAGAAGGAGCUGGAGGAGCAGCGACAACGACCCAAAGGGAUCCCUACUGGACCUUCCGCCGACCGAGCCAAGAAUAACCCCACAACUACUAACGAUGCUUCAUCAACCAACAAUAAUAGCAGCAAUGGCUCUACGGCCCCCUCUACUUCUCCCGCUGCCAUCUGGGCCCCCAAAAGAUUUACAGGCAAGUCUGGUAGCAGCACGUGGUCGCCCCUUUCGUACGACAAGCCCUGUCUUUUGGACGAUCCCCAGUCGCCCGAAAUGCGAAACGGCAGAGGCACAUCACGGUUCUUCCCGUCGCCCAAAUCUGAAAUUGGCUCUGGGUCACCCUGGCGGGAUGCUUCUUCGCCCACUCGUCAGGGUCAUGGUCGGGAGUUGCCUGUCGGAUUGUCUCUUGAGCCCAACGGAGACCGGGAGAUUGGAGGGCUUGCUGCACGUGCCCUUGGCGACGUGAAAAACCUGCCCUCGUCCAAUGGUCGUCGAGUUAGCCAAGUGUCAGCAAACCUCAACUCGCUGUCUGGGUUUGGGCUUGCAAUGCCGGCAGACGUUCCGAUCUCGCGCAUCCCACCUGACACGGAAUUUAUCUCUAAGUCCAACGACAACAAGAAAAGCAAGGUCUCAGAAAAUGGAAAGGGAGACAAGGAUCUGCGGAAAUCUCCGACGGGGGCUUCGAUACAACCUCCGACGCAACCCCAGGCUCUGUCUGCGGCCCAGGCGCGACAACAGAAGCGCAACGCGAAAACUGCGCGUCUGGACCCCAAGCAGCUGUUUUAUUCUUACGAAAUGGAGAUUGGGCGUGAGGAUGCAAUCGAGAGAGAGCUGCGGUCUUCUCCGGGCGACCUGGUCCAGAUUGCGCCGGUCAGUGUGGGAAUGUACACCACCAAAGGCUCCAGUUUCAAGCCUCUUCCUGAGGUUCGCAGCGUCAUUGUCGGAAGCUACAGUUACUCGAUAUCUAGCAAGCUGAAACGUGCGGUGCGCGAGCCCAUUAGCAUUAUCAAGCAUGCCGACAUGAAUUUCUCGCUCAAGUUGCCAGCGUGA